AUGGCUACCCCAAAGGACCUCACCCUCCCCUUGGACUCGUCGAACGGACCGAGUGAGAUUACAAAGGACUUGGAAAAGGGCCUCGAGUUGAGCCGCCACCUGACCAACAGCGCAGUGUCGACCUUCUCGUGGUCGGACGUCUCGGUCGUGGUCAAGGACAGGAAGACAAAACAGCCCCUGCGGAUCUUGACGUCCAGCCAUGGCUCGGUCGAGGCAGGAAGUGUGCUCGCGCUCAUGGGCCCCAGCGGCAGCGGCAAAACCACGCUGCUGAACGUGCUUGCUCACCGCACGUCUUCGAUGAAGGGCGAGAUCCAGGGGAAGAUGAUGAUCAACGGACAAGUGACCAACGCGUCGGCGGUGCAACAGGUCUCGACGUAUGUGGAACAAGAGGACGCCAUGAUCGGCAUCCUCACGCUGCGGGAGACGAUCGACUUCGCGGCCCGGCUGUCGGUCAACGGGCAGCUGUCCAAGCAGGAGAGAGUCGCGCGGGUCGACGAGCUGAUCGAGUCGUUUGGCCUGCAACGGCAAGCGGACACCAUUGUCGGCACGCCGCUGCGCAAGGGCCUCAGCGGCGGGCAGAAGCGCCGACUGAGCGUGGCCAGCCAGCUGGUCACGUCUCCGCGCGUGGUGUUCCUGGACGAGCCGACCAGCGGCCUCGACUCGGCGGCCAGUUUCGAGUGCAUGAGGUACAUCAAGCAGGUGGCCAAGCAGCACAACCUGAUCGUCAUCGCCUCGAUCCAUCAGCCGUCGACCACCACGUUCCAGCUGUUCGACCAGCUGAUGCUGCUGUCCGAGGGCCGCACGUGCUAUUUCGGCCCCGUGUCCAACAUCCACGCCUACUUCGAGCGCAUCGACCGCCCCGUGCCGCUGCACAUCAACCCGGCCGAGUUCCUGCUCGACCUGGUCAACAGCGACUUCAGCCACAGCAGCGCGGGCGCCGCCGAGGGCAACCUUCGCUACAUCCAAGAUGCAUGGACGUCCUCGGAGGAGUACAAAGCCCUAGAGGCCGCCACCAGCGGAACAGAUGCGCUAGGCACCGCCAGCACGCCAAUCCCCCUUGCACGGAGAUCGUCCAAGAACAUCGUAACGGUCUCCUGGGUGCUCCUGCACCGCAACUUCAUCAAGUCGUACCGCGACUUCAUCGCCUACGGCACCCGGGUGGUCAUGUACUUUGGACUGGCCAUCAUGAUGGGCACCGUGUGGCUGCGACUGUCGUACUCGCAAGCCUCGAUCCAGCCCUUUACGAACGCCAUCUUCUUCGGCGGCGCCUUUAUGUCCUUCAUGGCCGUUGCCUACGUGCCCUCCAUCAUCGAAGACCUGCACACCUUCAACAAAGAAAGACAGAACGGCCUGUACGGACCUUUACCGUUUGUCAUCGCAAACACCCUCGUCGGCAUUCCCUGGCUGUUCCUGAUCGCAAUCAUGUUCUCCGUCGUCACGUAUUGGCUGGGCCACUUCAACCCGACCGCGGGGGGAUUCUGGAUGUGGGUGUUGUGGCUGUUCCUGGAUCUCCUGGCCGCGGAAGGACUGGUGGUGCUGGUGUCGUCUCUGUUCCCGAUCUUCGUCGUUGCGCUCGCCAUCACGGCGUUCGCCAAUGGCCUGUGGAUGUGCGUGGAUGGGUUCAUGGUCCCGCUGGGCAAGCUGAAUCCGUUCUGGAAGUAUGUCUUCCACUACAUCGACUACCAAGCCUACGUCUUCCAAGGCAUGAUGGCCAACCAAUUCCGCUCCACGGUCUGGGACUGCGCCAAAUCCCCCGAGGGCUUCCAGUGCAUGUACCCGUCCGACCUGGCCUCACAAGGCAAGAUCCGCGGCACCGCAGUCCUCCAGGCGUACAAGUACUCGUGGUCCUCGGACGUCAUCGGCGAGUGGAUCGGCAUCAUGUUCGCCAUCAUCUUUGCGUACAGGGUUUUGGGGUACUUGGCCCUGGUGGUCAAGAAGCACUGA